UGAAUUAAAACGAAUGAUGUUUUAACAACAAAUACUAUAUUGUAACCCUUGUUGAAGCCGUUUUGUAGAAAUUAGAUUGAGCAACAAGGACUCUUUUAAUGUUUUUACACAUUUAGGCGUCGUUUUAGGUGUUUUCUGGCCACCGCCGUUGCUGUGCCGCAUAGUCAUAGACCCACUUAAGCCUAUCUGAGCUUCACGCAACGGCGAUGAGCGUUCGUGAUGCAUCAAACCGAUCAAAUCAGGCUAAUAUUGUAGCUUUUUAAACUUAUGAACAAGUAGAUGAAGCCUGGAUAAUUUUACGAUCUCGCAUGUAGCUUCAAGGACACGCAUCUGCAUCAAAACACACCAUGCCAAAGAGAAGGCGCCAGCUGAAGAGCACGAGCUCGGAGGGGUCACGCUCGGACGAGAGCGAGAUGGAGCCGCCCCAUGUUGUGACGCGGGGCCAAUCGCGCAAGUCUUCAGUCACCAGCACGACUGUCUCUGCCGUUAAAGCCGGUACCUCUGCCCCUGCUGUUUCAUCAGGUGGCGCCACUGCUACUAGUAAUGGUGCUGUGCCCGUGACACCUGUCACACCUCCCCAGACCCCUUCUAAGGAGCCCUCCGAAGCAGGGGAAGUACCGAACAAGCGGCUGCGACAGGUGCGGUCGCGCCUGUCCUCAGAGCCUCUGUGCAGCGUAUGCUCCCAGGCACUGCUCGAGAGCCGUCGCAGCCCGCCCGCGCAGCUAAUAUCCUGCUCCCAAUGCGAGACGUGCGCUCACCCCUUCUGCUUGGGUCUCUCAGAGCAAGCGGCUAAAGUGGUCACAACCUACGACUGGAAGUGCCACCGGUGUCGAGUAUGUGAGACAUGCCACCAGCCAGAAUCGCCCAGUGCCCUUUUCGUGCUGUGCAAGAAUUGUGAUCGGUGCUUCCACCAGAACUGCCUCCCUCCUCAUGCACUCAGCAGGUCCUGCUUAGAAAAGUGUGGACGCUGCACUGAAACCAGCACUGAGGCGCCAGCAACCAAUGGUGCAACGACACAGGUUUCGGAGGAAGAAAGGAAUGGCAUCAGUAGCUCACCGCCAUCCACACCCAAGCGGCCGAGGAUGACAAGGCACACAUAUCGUGGCAACCCCCAAAAUCAGAACCAGUGCCAGAAUGAACCAAUGCACGAGGAAGUAGUGGCUCCGUGCACACCUCAGAAGACCUCUAGUCCACGCAGCCCUGUCAUCAAGGCACCUGAGGCCAACAGCGAUAGUGAUGUGGCACCCCCGAAGCGUGGCCGACCAAAGGGCAAAACAGGCAGCAAGGACUCCGCUGCCGAGCUGUCGCCAGUCGCCAGCCCUGAAGGCAGCCCGCGGCGCCGCGCUGCCAAAGGCCGCCUGCCAGCCAAGAAUGGUCGUGGGGGUGCGCGCAGCAUCCUUCGUGAGAUGCCUGCUGCUAACGGCCAGUCCCCACGGGAAGGAGAUGAGCCUCACUGUACUGUGGCUGGCUGCGAUUCUAAGGGCCAUCUGAGUGGCAGGUUUCCAUCCCAUGCCACAAUUGAGUGCUGUCCACUGUAUCACAACACCACGGCGGCUGACUGUGAGGAGCAGUACAGGGCGCGUACCAAGAAGAAGGUGGAACGGCAGCAGCAGAUUAACCGGCAGAUCAGCUUCAAAAAGCCCGUGCAGACUCCCGAGCAGAAGGAACGCUACCAAAAAAUGUUGGACCAGCGUAGAGAGAAGCUAUCCCCAAGAACGCGGUCCAAAGGCAUGCUCGAUUCCGACCGUGAACCAGACCUGAGCAGCUUGGCUCCCGUGUAUGACCUGGAGAUGUUUCGGGAAGCCCAAGCCAAAGCAGCAGAGGAAAUGGAGCACCAGCGAGUGGCAUCGCUGGUGUCACGCCCUCCCUCGCGUUCAUCCGCUGGCGGCCACGGCGGCAACCAUAGGCACCACAACCACCACCACCAGCAGCAGGGUAUUCGCGUGCUGGAGAUGGGCCGGUAUGAGAUGGACGUCUGGUACAGCUCCCCUUACCCGGAGGAGUACCAAGCGCUACCCAAACUGUACCUGUGCCAGUUCUGCCUCAAGUACAUGGGCAGCCCCACCAUCCUGCGACGGCACACUGCAAAAUGUGUGUGGCGGCACCCACCAGGUGAUGAAAUCUACCGCAAGGGCAACAUUUCUUUUUUUGAGGUGGACGGUGUCAAGAACAAGGCUUACUGCCAGAACCUGUGCCUGCUUGCAAAGCUCUUUCUCGACCACAAGACCCUCUACUUUGAUGUUGAGCCUUUCCUUUUCUAUGUGAUGACUGAUGCUGACGCUGAAGGAUGCCACGUCGUUGGAUACUUCUCCAAGGAGAAGAACUCGUUCCUCAACUACAACGUGUCCUGCAUCCUGACAUUGCCACCAUAUCAAAGACAAGGUUAUGGAAGGAUGCUCAUUGAUUUCAGCUACCUGCUCAGCAAAGUGGAAGGCAAGGUGGGCUCCCCAGAAAAGCCUCUGUCAGACCUGGGGCUGAUCUCAUACCGGAGUUACUGGAAGAGUGUCGUGCUCGACUACCUCCGGCGCUUUCAGGGCAAAGAGAUUUCCAUCAAGGACCUGAGCCAGGAAACAGCCGUAAGCGCAUACGACAUUGUCAGCACAUUGCAGUCCUUGGGAAUGCUAAAGUACUGGAAAGGAAAACACCUCGUGCUUAGAAAUUACGUCAACACUCAGGAGACACCCGAGAGUUCCUCCAAAGUCAAAAAGGUUCGGCACGACCGCACCUUGGACCCCGAGUGCCUCCGGUGGAAGCCAUACACGAUGCCCAAUCGAUAGUGCUUUGCCAACUGGUACCAAGCAUAGGCCAAAAGCAAAAACAAAAAAGCAAGCCAGCCAAGCUGGAUGGCAUGCACUGGUGUGUGGACGGAAAGCAGCACAAGGCAGAGGAUAUGGCAAUGAAAAUCGGACGGGUGCAGUGGUAGUUCACCACACAAGUUGCCUGCCUGCUCAGGCUGCGAUCGUCACUGUUUCAUGUGUAACUGUGUCUUUGGGACAUUCGGGUUCUCGUGCCUGUGCUCUGCACCGACAUGUGGUAGUUGCAUGCAAUUCACAGCAAGUAUCCCACAAAGCACACCUCAAAAUGUGCAUAGUGUUGCAAAGAAUGAGAAUGUCUGAGGCUAAAACCAACCAAUGUGGUGCCCAAGACCAAGCAGGGGAUUCAGCUGUGGAUGUUGAAAUGCACAGGUAAAGCCAGUAAGUAGUGCGCUGCGCAAACUGCUGGUUUGGGCUGGUAUUGCAAGCACUAGCAUAAGUUCAGCACAUCUUCAAGAAAGUCAAAUGCCCAUGCUUGUGUUCCGCAGGCAUACACAGUAGCAGUUACGUGCAGUUUGCUGCACACAAGUGAGGAGUCUUGAAGUUAAAGUUACUAAGAGCUAUGGUGCCCAAGGCUAGUUGUUAUCAUUCGGAGAGCAAAUUAUCGAUGGAGGACCAUAGGUGGCCAGGUAUCAGUGGGUAACUAAGUAUUAGUCAGUUGAUGCUCUUUUCUGUUUAACAGUCACUGAGCGCUAGCUGGGCUGUGCUACUGCUUGUUAUUUGUUGUUAGUUUACCAAUACCAUCAGCUGCUUGCAGCACAGUGGACAGUGCUACCUGCAGAUUUUUUUGUUUCACAGAUAUAUGUGCCAGUAUGUGUGUGUGUGUGUAUAUGAACGUGUUUGAAGAAAUUAGUCAUUUUCCUCAACGAAGUGCAGAUUUAUGUGCUUAGGGAGUGGAAAGAAAAGUAUCGAAAAUAAAAUUUUGCGGUGGACUCUCUUUUAGAUGAACAUUAAAGGGGCCCAGAAACACUUUUUUAACAUAAUUUUUAAAAAAAUGUUGCCGAUCUGUUAAUGAGUCUUCGUUGAACAUGUGAGCGAAAUAUUAUUACACUGCAUGGAGCAGUGAAUUUACUGUCUCUUUUCAAAAGCAAUGUACAGACUCUUGCUCUCGCAUCCGCAAUGUCGUCAUCGAAAGCUGAUCGAAAGCAGUUGGCUGACCAACUUUAUUGGCUGACUUCGUGAUCGCGAGAACAUUCUCAAUGAUACAUAAUUGCGAAUUUUGGGUUAAAUAAAUGAAAAAUAUAUAUGUUUGCGAUCUAAAAAAGACAGAUACUUUCGUCUUUGAACUGCGCCUAGCAGCGUCUGCUUCGUGUGGCCUCUGAGAGGGGAGCAGCAUGCAGCGUAGCAUAGUCUACCGUGGCCGCCACUGCCGUAACAAGCCCUUACACCGCCACAACACUCAACUUUUGGCCGGAGCUUUGCCCUCUUGGCUUCUCCAUUGUGUAGCUUCCAGCACGCUAGUGGAGAUGAAAAGAGAGAGAAAGCCCAGUAUCGGUGCGAUAACUCCACUUAUACUUGAAGGGUUCACAAAAUGUUUGCGCCAUGAGAUUUGUGAGACAACAUACUUUAAUAGUGAGGCCAUUCUAUGAUUAGUUAGAAAAGUGUUUCAGGGCCCUUUAAGAGACCUUAAAGGGAAAAUGUUCAUCAUCCUGUGAAAUUCAGCUGAACAGAACUGCAGUAGCACCUAACGAAGCGCAAAAUUGUCCGCAGACUGUUCAUCUUAUCAGGAAAUUUAACUUUACAAAGUUCGGCACUAAAGGUGGUCUCCGUUGUGAAAACAGGUUUCUUGUAAUUCGUAACUGGUUUCUACACUGAACAUGACACACAGGCAAGGAAAAGAAACAGAUAAUAAGUGUUAUCUAUUUCGGUAUUCCUGUCCAUAUGUCAUCUGUGCUGUAAGAAAGCUACCUUGUAAGGGGGUUCACUGCAUUUGCGUAUGUGUUGCUUUGUGAAAAAUGUUCCCUUGUGAAUGUGUCUUCUGACUGAAUGCCCUAACGAAGUUCCUGAGCACAAGAGUGGGUGUAGUUCUCCAGCAUCUUGUAAAAUAAGUACAUGUUUUAACAUGUUACCAUGUUAAAUAUGUUUUACCACCUACUGCGGCUGCCUAUGCAAGAUACCCACCUUUGUGGCACACUAGUAGCCAAUCUGAUUUUCAUGUGCAUUUCACACCUACCAGAGGUUCUGAUGGCAGAAGGGCAGUAAAGGUAUAUUAAGAUAUCUUUUCACAUGCCACAAAAGUAAACUUCUCUGGCAGCCACGAAAGAGUGUGAAACAGCUGCUUUACUGUAGACUCGCUUGUUUGUGUUGUGCUGUUGAGGACUUUAUCUCAGGUGUGCGCCUACCAUUCAGUCCUAGCCAGUGUUUGUUUUGCAAUUCUAAGACGUGAAGCAAGCCUAUCUUUAUUAAUUUUUAUAUGCAUGCUGAGGUCCAACUUUGUGGAGCACUUCAUUCAACCUGGCAUCAUAUCUCUCAGCUUUUCCACACAGCUGAUUGCUAAUCCUUUUUGUGGUUGGUCCUCCCGUAUCACCGUCACUUGAUAAACGGCAAACGUUUGUGUGCUCCAUCUCAUUGCAGUUGCCAGUUCAGACUGGCUAGUGCAUUGCUAUGUGAUUCAAUGCAAGUUUGGCACAUAAAAGAAAGGGAGAAUGCUCCACUUAGUUGGUGCCUAGCACUUUCUAAGAAAAUGUACCUGUUAAGUUGCUAGCCGUGCUGAUUUUGUGUUCAUUUGCCAACUACGUCUUCUCAUUCUCAUGCCAAUCUGAAGUGUCAGCAUUAACAGCAAAACUAAGGCAUUCCUGGUGAAUUUGUGUAUAUAAGGACAGAAAAAAGUGUGCGUGAAUAGCAGCAUGGAUGGCAUGCCUUGAUUGAUCUGGCGAUGCGGAAUUCAGCACAUGAAACCAGCUGCACAUAUCAAAUGGUUUUUAAGCCCACAAAAUUAAUAGGCAUUUCUCAUGGCAUUUGUAAUGGUAUGAUUUUAGUAGUGGCCAAACUGGUGCACAGUGAUUGUCUGUAGUCCUCUUGCAGCUCUUCUUCAUGUGAUCAAAUACUGCUUUCAUGACUUUUUUUUUUUUUUUUAACUCUCAUAUCAGCAAGUCUGCAAAGGGGCAGUUCUCUUUAUGCGUUUGUGUCUUACUUGGGUUCUGUGGCAAAGUUCCACGAGUUGAAUGUGAAGUCUAUGUUGUAUUUUUCGCUCAGAUGUACUACUUGCAAGGUCCAUUUUAGUAUCGUUGAUCUAGUUGCUUGCAAGAGCAAUGGUCAUGUUUUCUUUGGUGCAUUUGCAAUGAGAAUUGCAUAUUGAAUGCGCUACAGAGGCCUCUGCAUAUAUUUGACUAUAAGCACACCUUGCAGAACCCAGCUGAUUUCAGUGCUUACUAUUGCCCUGUCUUUGUAUGCGAGAUAUGCCUUUAGUGGGCCUCAGGUGUUAUUCAGAAUUCAUCCUGUUAGAUUCACUUGGCAUCGCUGCUAAUCUGUUUACCUUUCUUUUGUUCACACACUGCCAUAGCUUCCUCCUCUUUUAUAUGGUAUCUCUGCGUGGCUGAGGUGUGUGCUUUAAAUUGAUGACUAUGUGUGGACUGGAGCAUACAUAUUGUGAAGGUUUAAAGGGCACCUGCAACGGAAUUUUGCCUUGGCUAAAUUUGUUAUAAAUUAGUAGUAUGUACCACUGAACCAAUGUCGGCAAAGUCACAGAGCUGGUAAUUUUAUAGUUUUUUCUUAGCAGCCUUUAAACAGCACCUAAGCAGAUGAUGCAUGCACCUGGUGGUGUCACUACGACAUAAAUCCCAGGACACCACGUCCUAGAUACUUCAGCGUGCCGCGGGCGCCGGACGCUUGAGCUGGCAUGCGUCGCGAUACCUCAAGAACCACGGUGUCCACUCGAAUCACGUGCUAGUCAGAGUGUCGUCACAGCGAGAAUGCUCAUCGCGGCACCCCGCGGCAGCCGCAGUAUCUACGCUGUGCAGCAGCGUGGCCUCCGAGAUUGCACGGGUUGCAAUCUCAGAGGCGGUGCUGAGGAACUGUGCGUUAAGUCAUUUUUCACUUCCGACAAGCAGUAAUGGUGGUGUUUUUUCUUCAGUUUCAUCAAUGAAAACGGCUAUUUUUGCAACCUUUCGUGACACUUUCGCACGUAUUUCGAACAUGAAAUUUUGUACCGAUGCUCCUCUACAUCUACAUUACCUUAAACUAGGCUUUUUAAAAAAUGUGGUCCAAAAUUUUGUUGCAGUUGGCCUUUAACUGUGCCCAGAUGCUGUAGUUUUGGAGCUCUUCAUAAAAGUGCAAGUUUGAAUACUGCAAAUGAAACGCUAGGCAGGCACCCUUUGGUGGUAUAAUUGAAGGUUUUUGCUGAGUAUUUGUGGUUACAGUAACGCAAAUGUUGAACUACCUUGGUUCACUCAAUUCCUGACAUGGAACCAUGUGGAGUCGACCACCCGAAGCAGCAGUUACGACAUGCAACCUACUGGCCUGAAUGAACUGAACAUGGACGUAGCAGUACUGCUUAGAAAGAUGAACGAACUGAAUAUGGACAUAGCAGUGCUGUUCGGGAAGAUGACCAUUGUUCAAGUAGCCCAGUGCAAUUCAUUCCCGCCCUCCUAUUUCUUUGUUUGUAGCAGAUACCUUUUCUUGGGUAUUGUUUGUGUUUGUGUGAUUGUUGACUGACUGCAAAACAGUACCUUGUUGUAUCAUCACUGGUUUGAUGAGUUUAGUCGCUCUUGUGUUCGUGUGCCAAGGCUGUUUUAAAGAAAUUGAUGAGGUGGCCACCUAAGAAGAGGAAGGUUUUAUUCAUUCCUGAAUGUGUUGUUUUAGAGAUGAAAUGUUUUAAUGAGAUUUAUGUAUCGGAAUAAAGAAAGUUUUUAAGUCAGA